AUGUCCUUUGGCUAUGGCAUAGGCGAUGUUCUCGCUGUUGCGGGGGCCAUCGAGCGUAUUGUCGGCGAAGUCAAGUCCUACUGCGAAGCGCCCCAGCAUUUUCGUCGCCUGGCUAUCGAGCUCGAUUUUCUCGGCCAAGUGUGCAACCAAGUCUUUACUCUACAGCCGACUCUUCCCGAUGAACGAGCGCACAUCGAGCGACUCCGCGCUAUUGCAAUGCAGUGCCUGGGCGCACUGAGGGCGUUCGAGGACAAGAUGAAGAAAUAUGACAAUACAUUUGGACUACGCACCGAUGGAAAUGCUUCUCAUGCUCCAUUCUUGCUGCGCAGACAUGGUCUUAAAGAUGUGCGGGACUUCAAAACGCGCCUGCACUGGUCUGCUAUUGCACGGCACGAAGUGGAUGAGCUUAGAUCGAUCCUCACGAGUGAGAUCGUGGCCAUCAACACUCUCCUCACUAUACACGAAUGGUCCAGUCUCAAGACUCAAGGUCUGGUCGGCCAAGGACAUACGGAAGCGUUGAGAAAACUUCUCGACACGGCCAAGAGAGCAGCCACCGAGACCCAGAGAUUCAUACUUGGAGCUCGCAUAGCUUCCCAACACCUUGAGCAAGCCAUCAAAGCUACCAAUCUCACACAAUCUGAGCAGCUCCAAAUACUGAAAAUAAUCGAGGGAAAAUCCUCGGAGACGUACUCUUCCAUCCAAACGCUUGCUGAGCAACAAGCGGGCCAUACCGCUGGCGUUCGAGACGCCCUCAAUACACAGAUGACGAGAUUUUGUUCCUUCAAGCGCUAUAUGGAGGAGUGGAUAGAGAAGAUUGUCGAGCAGUGCAAGCAACUCAUAGCCAUGGUGCAGAAGAACACUGAGACGUUGUUAUCAAUGCAUGCAAUGUUGGCUAGCAUCGUGUUCGAGAAUGUCCUCGGAAUCAAGAUGCUACUUCCGUACCAAUUGUGCGAUACAUGGGAUACUACUUGGAGCGAUGUUCUUCGAUAA